AUGAAUGAAAAUACAAUCGACGCUGAAGAUCAGCAACUAAUCUAUAACUUGCAAAAGCUAAACUCGGAAUUGUGCUUCUUGAUUGACGACCAACAACCUCUGCAGAUUGCAAGUUGCAGCAAGGGCGGAGCUGUAGGCAGCGCUUUGCAAGAAUUUAAUCCCAGAGUGCACGAAUUAGCUUUCGAUUCGAGUGCUCCACUGUUUGAGUUUCAUAGAUUUGGUUGCAUUGAAUCGCGGCUCAUGGGAAGGCGUCAGAUCCUAUCCAGCAACACUGAACACCAUAAGAAGCCUAAAUCGAAUGCGAUCCAAUAUGCAAGCCUACUGCAAAAAGAGAACAUAUCCAUGGAGCUUACUAUGGACCAGAUCAAGUUGAUUGAGCUCUUUGGCAACUGCCGCGAGCGGAAUAUUGUGUUGCGGCUGAUGAACUUGUUCAAGUCGCUGCAUGACCAUCUCAAUGCAGACUUUCCCAGUGAUCAGUUGAACUCGGUACCAUCCGAUUAUGUUUUCGAGUUGCCCAGCAAGCACACUAAGCCCAAAAGUUUGAAUCUACGCCAUCAAGUGCAUGUGGUCUGCACUAAGUUGGACCGCUUCAUCGGACGGCUGCGUCGCAUACUGGAGUCCAAUCGUCACUUCGAUUACACCAAAUACGUUGAAUGCGAUCAGCUAAUCAAUGGAACAGCGCAGAGCCUCCGAAUUCUUAAGCAAUUCACAAAUUUGGAAAUGCGUCAACGCAAUUUGUAUCUUAUCGGUCGCUUGGCGAACGAGAAUGCUGCUCAGAUGGAAAUAGUGAUGGGGGAUCUGCAGGAGCGUUUGAAGUCCGCUCACAUUCACGUCUAUGUCUUCAACUGGGAAAUGGAUCUAGAGCAUCGUUAUUCAGCAACAAUGACAGCAAGUCUUGAGGAGAUGAAUAAGAAUGCUUUGGCAUUGGCGGCCGCAGAAUCCCAUGUGGAUCAGUCCCGUCAAUUUAAUUUCGAAGAACAGCUCCUCGCCGCGCAAUAUCAGCUGCGCAGCGUGGUCAGCUGCGCCAAGGAGCACGAGGACUUUUUAACAGCACUGCUCAAAUCACCCGAGAACUAUUUCCCGCCCGAGAUCAUUGAUUUGUGCCAACCACCCAAGAUCCUGAAUAAUAUUUACUUGCCACCUUUGCCACCUGUAUUUAUCGAUGAGCUUGCAGACGGCAUAGAGAACAUGGUCUUUGGCGUCGACAUUCUCGGUUUGGCACCAUCAUCACCGCCCAGAGUCAAUCAUCGCUCCCAUGUACCCAAGUGUAAUCGGGCUUAGAGAUUCGAGCGAGACAGAAAUUGCUACAUUGAUUAAGCAAGUCACAUAGAAAGACUACAAAUUUACCGAGAAUUAAAA